CCACUUUCUUUCCAUUCCUUGCUAGCUUCCCAUUUCCUUCCAGUGUGCGGCCCCUUGCCAGCAAGAGGAGUCCAGCCGGUUCAGGAAAAGAACAAAAAAACCAAGAAUCACUGUGCCUUACAAAUAGAGCAAUGGAUUAAGGAAGUAAUGGAGUGAACUUACCAUUUUGCAUUUUUUCACCUAAUUCUCAGUAAUUCUAGAACAAUGCCUGGCACAUAAUGGGUGAUUAAUACAUAUUGGUUGAAUAAAAGGAAGAUUCUAUUAUCCCAUUUUAUGGAUAAGGGAACCUGGGCCCAUUUGACCUCUCCAGUCAGUGUCUGGGAAGCCUCUCUUACUGUAAUAAGCACACCAGUGAAAAGUUCCAAGUGUGCUUCUGACAGUUCUGUGUUACAUCGUCCAUUAAAAGAAACGUAUUGAAGCUAUUUGAAAUACGUAUUUACAUCUAGGACCUGUGUGCUGCAAAGAAUACCCCUAACAACUGUCAAAGCAAUACGGGAGUCAUGGCAUACUGCCCUACAAGGCUGAAGACCAGACAGACUUAUUCGUGGGCUGGCAACCCAUCAUUGGAUCGGAAACUACAGUACCAAACCUACAAAGAAAAGAACAUGACAUCAGAAGGCUGUUUGACUGAGAGUCACAUCCAAGUUGGACAGUUUGUAUUGGUUAAAGGAGAUGAUGAUGAAAAUCCAUAUGUUGCUAAAUUGAUUGAGCUGUUUGAAGAUGAUGCUGAACAUCAUUUCAAGAAACGUGCUCGAGUACAGUGGUUCAUCCGAUUCUGUGAAAUCCCUGUCAGUAGACGACAUUUGCUGGGUCGAAAACCCGAUGCACAGGAGAUAUUCUGGUAUGAUUACCCUGCCUGUGACAGCAACAUUGAUGCUGAGACCAUCAUUGGCUCUGUGCAGGUCUUGGCUUUAGCUCCAGAUGAAGUGUUACCUAUGAAUCUGAAAAAUGAGAAGACGUUCUUUGUGAAGCUGUCUUGGAAUGAGAAGAACUUCAGACCACUACCCCCAGAAUUACUUGCAGACUUGGAUAAGCUACAGGAAGGCAGUCCCAGAUGCUGGAAGCCCAUGGAAGCCAAGACGAAUAGCACAGAAAGCCCUUCUUGGACCUCAGCGGAGUGUGUGGUCAGAAGUAUUGAAUCGAGGCACUCUAUCUCCAAAUCUCACCAGACUCGUACCCGUACUGUUACCCCAAGGGCAAGGAAGAGGCUAGAGCUUGGCAGUUUCCCUGCAACACCAAACACCGGGAUUUCCCAGCAGAAGUCCCGGGCCUCUUUGGAUUCUCCUGGAAGAACUAAACGGAAAGUGGCCUCAGAGAUCACCUCACCUUCUAAGAGGUCUCAGCUUGAUGGACUUCAGGCCUCAUCUCCAGCUCCAAAAGCCCCAGAGAAAACUGGGGAGAUUCGACGCCCUUAUGCUGAAGAGGACAAGAAGGCUUCACACGAGUGUCACAGGACCCUGAGAACCCGAGUUCCAGCUUUGAAAACCACAGAAAUCAGUGAGAAAAUAACACUGAAGCCUUCCAGCGGUGGAAAGAGGUCCUCAGUGGUGCCUUCUGUGAUUCUGAAACCAGAAGAGACCAAAAAGAGGGAGGCGGAACAACCAGAAGCUCAGGAUGAAGCUACUUCUACUCCCCAUCGGAUCCGCAGAAAGAGUUCUCUCUUGACUUUGAAUCGGAUUAGGCAGCAACUGCGGUUUUUAGGUAAUAGUAAAAAUGACAAAGAAGAGGAAGAGUUUCUGCCGGCAGCAGAGAUUUCAGACUCUGACAGUGAGAAGGAAGAGGCUUCGACACCCCCCCUUCCAAGGAGAACACCCAGGAACCUACACUCUUCCAUGAAGUCGUCUUUAAAGACCCCCUCCAAGACACCAAAGAAAACUCCCAAGUCUAGAAUGCCACGUUCUGCCACCCCCCGGAUCCGCAGCCGAAGCCUGGCUGCCCCGGAGCCAGCCAGCAUGCUAGAGGAGGCCCGCCUCAGUCUGCAUGUUUCUGCUGUUCCUGACUCGCUUCCCUGUCGGGAAAAGGAAUUCCAGGAUAUCUACAGCUUUGUGGAAAGCAAACUCCUUGACCAUACUGGAGGGUGCAUGUAUAUCUCCGGGGUGCCUGGGACGGGGAAGACUGCCACUGUGCACGAGGUGAUACACUGCCUGCAGCAGGCGGCCCGAGCAGAGGAUGUUCCUCCCUUUCAGUACGUCGAAGUCAAUGGCAUGAAGCUGACAGAGCCCCACCAAGUCUAUGUGCAAAUCUUGCAGAAGAUGACAGGCCAAAAGGCAACAGCUAACCAUGCAGUAGAACUGUUGGCAAGGCGAUUUUGCACCCAAGGAUCUGCUCAGGAAACCACUGUGCUGCUUGUGGACGAGCUUGACCUUCUGUGGACUCAGAAACAAGAUGUAAUGUACAAUCUUUUUGACUGGCCCACUCACAAGGAGGCCCGGCUUGUGGUCCUGACUAUUGCCAACACCAUGGACCUGCCAGAGCGCAUCAUGAUGAACCGGGUGUCCAGCCGACUGGGUCUCACCAGGAUGUGCUUCCAGCCUUACACUUACAGGCAGCUGCAGCAGAUCCUAGUGUCCCGACUCAGACAUUUAAAGGCCUUUGAGGAUGAUGCCGUCCAGUUGGUAGCCAGGAAGGUAGCAGCCCUCUCCGGAGAUGCGCGGCGCUGCCUCGACAUCUGUAGGCGUGCCACAGAGAUCUGCGAGUUCUCCUGCCGGAAGCCCGACUCCCCUGGCCUGGUCACUGUAGCCCACGUCCUGGAAGCAGUGGAUGAGAUGUUUUCAUCGUCAUACAUUACUGCCAUCAAAAAUUCCUCUGUUAUGGAACAGAGCUUCCUGAGAGCCAUCCUUGCAGAAUUCCAUCGAUCAGGACUGGAGGAAGCAACAUUUCAACAGGUGUACAGGCAACACGUGGAACUGUGCAGGAUGGAGGGGCUGCCGUACCCCACCAUGUCGGAGACCAUGGCAGUGUGCUCUCACCUGGGCUCCUGCCGCCUCCUCCUAGUGGAGCCCAGCAGGAAUGACCUGCUCCUUCGUGUGCGACUCAACGUUAGCCAGGGUGAUGUGCUGUAUGCCCUGAAAGAAGAGUGAAGGGCUUCAAAGGAAGGACUAUGAACUGCUGUUUUUUAAAGAGCCUGAUUUUCUUUUGCUAAGCACAUGAAAUUGUGGCAAAGUAUACUGAAGGGAAAUGGCUACUGUGUAGUUUGGAAUUUUCUAUUAACAAAUUUUCUUUUGUCACAGUGUUUGGGAAAUGUAUAGUCAUUACAAACAUCAGAUUAUAAAAGCAUACCAUCCUUUUAUUUCUGUUAGAAGCCCUACCACUUAUUUAAUGGUAACAUAUCACAUACAAGGGGGAACCCUAAAAAAACCUGGAAUUAUUUUCUGAAGGACAGGCCUCGUGUAGUACAAGCUUCCCCCACUGAGUGUGUUCUAGGAACCCAUCUGUAUCUGUACCACUGGCAUUGUGAGAAGCUGCGUUCAGCUUCAGUGAAUUUUUUUGAAGACUCAGUGCAUUUGCCCAUUUCAUGGUGGGUGAUUUACAAGUGCACCUGCCCAAACUGUUCUGAGUGCUCAGCAGUUCUGACCCCAAACUGCAUGAUCCCGUGCCUCACUUCCCUAUUCACUGGAUCUUGUCCCGAACAACUUCAUUUUGGUUCCCCAGAUGAAAAAAGUCCUCAAAGGGAAACAUUUUGCCCAUGUGGAAGAAGUGAAAAAAAAAAAAAAAAUGUCAGAAGCACCAAAAGGCAUCAAAAUUGAGAAGUCAAAAACUGUUCUGAUCAGUGGAAAAACCGCUUACAUAGGUGUAUUGCAUCAAAUGGAGAGUACUUUGAAGGUAACAAGUUUAAACAUGUAGGAAUAAAUACACAAUUUUUUAUAAUUAAGUUCCAAGGGGUUUUUUUUUUUUUUUUUGGCCCCACUCAUAUAAAUAUCUGCAUACAAUUACUUGUACUGACUAGUUUUGGGAGACUAUAAGAAAUUGGUUUAUUGGUUGCCUCUGGGAAAGAAAUGGAUAGCUACAAUCAGGAGUUAGAGGAAGACUUUCACUGUUAUGUCCUUACAUAUCUUUUAGGUUUGAACAACAUGAGUGAAACAAACUUAGUAUAUGAGAAAGAAAUGCUGGAAAUACUACUACUGAUAAAGACUCCCCAGCAACAAAUAGCUAGAAAAUGUAGAUUUUAAGAAGUACCAUUUAUCCUAAAAACAAAUCUUUUUUUUUCUUCUCAAUCAUUUUAUUUAGUUAUUUUUCAAGUACAGUUUUUUGCCUGUUUCUCCCAUCCCAGCGCCCCCCUAAAAACAAAUCUUUAAAUGAAAAAGACUUAGAUGGCACAGGCGAUGUAAGGUACCUAGGAAUAAAGCUAGUAAAAAGAGGUCAUUAAUUUCUAAAUACAAAUCAGUUCCAAUCAGAAUCUUGGCAGGGUUUUUUGUAUAGCUUUGCAAGUUAAUUCUAAUAUUUACAUAGAAACCAACAAUGGGACAGACUGACACCUCAAGCAUCCUCAUGAGAAAAACAUCACCCAUAUAAUGUAAUAGUACUGCCAGAAAUUUUUGACCUGAAUCUGUUGAUGAGAAAAUUAGCUAAAUCAAAAUUGCGGGGAAAGUAUUCUACAAAGCAACUGUCCCUCUUCAAAAAUGUUAAUAUCACAAAAGAUAAAAUGGAGGAACUGUUCUAAACUAAAUGAAAAUGAAAUAAGAGCUAAACGCACUGUGAAUCUUGAUUAGAUUUGUAUAUUUAAGAGAAAUAUGAACAUUUAUGAUAGGUAUACUAGUAUGUAAAUAUUAAGUUUUGUGAGUGAUAAAUUGUGUAGGAGAAUGUUUUUUUAGAAUCAUGAUGAAAUAUAUGAGUGAAAGGCCUACAACUAAUGGUUCAAGAAAAAUUUACAUUAAAAAAAAUAUAUAUAUAUAUAUAAGCCCUGGCUGGUGUAGCUCAGUGGAUUGAGCACGGGCCUGAGAACCAGAGGAUUGUGGUUCGAUUCCCAGUCGGGGCACAUGCCUGGGUUGCAGGCCAGUUCCCAGCAGGGGACCCACAAGAGGCAACUAUACAUUGAUAUUCUCUCCCUCUCCUUCCCUUCCCCUCUAA